AUGCAAGUUAUAGCAAAGGAAGUAAUUCUGUUCGGCCAGAUCUUUGGAGGCUUGCCUCUGAAGUACAAAAAUGACUCUAGUGGUGGGAAAGAAAUCACAUUCUCUUUCACAGUGUGUGUGUGGGGUUGGGUUGUCAUUAUAUUGCAGACCUGUCUGUCUCAGAUAACACUCUACAUAGACUACCACGGGAGACAAUAUGGAGAUCCGAUCCGCAUGACGAGCUACACUGCAAUAUUUGCUGUCAUGUUAGACGUCAUAUCUCUCAACAUCAUGGCUCUAGUCGUGUUCAUGAUGUCUUUCAGGCAUUACAAGAAAUUUAUCGAGAUAUGUUAUCUUUUGGGUAAAGUAGAUCUGUAUUUCGGUCAAAAAUGUGAAAGCGGUGAAAAACCUAAAGUGUUUGCAAUUGUCGCCUACAUGAUUACUCUGUGUGUGACCAAUGUGGUGCAGGAGUCCUUCUUGGAAUCCGAAGGACGUAACACGUUCGUGUAUUAUAUCCCGGUGUUGACUCUGUACUUUGUCGCAGCAUCCUUGUUCAUCCAGUUCACUACCGUGACUCAGAACAUAGUCACACGAUUAAGACUGGUCAACGAAACCAUCAAAAAGGUAGUGAUUAAUAAGAGUUUCGGUCAACUUUUGAAGAACCACGAUUUAACCAAUAUUGUGGCCAUCCAAGAUGAUACUUCCUGUGUCACCAAGUUGAGGGAACUGAUGGAUUUGUACUGGUUGUUGUGUGACGCAGUAAAACACGCCAAUGUGUUCUACGGUAACCAGCUGUUGGCUGCAGUGUUCUCUGCCUUUGUCCACAUCAUUAUCACCCUCUACUAUCUGUUCCUUCACUUGCGGCCGGGGCAGGCAUCAUUCCUGGUGAUGCAAGGGGUCUGGGCCAUCACCCACAUCUCCCACCUGGUUCUACUGGUGCGACCCAGCACUGACGUCACUGAUGCUGCAAACGAGACAGCGCCCAUGAUAUGCCGACUGUUGAAUAGGGAUUUGAGUAAGAAUAUCAGGAAACAGAUUGCAAGUUCGGUGACUACCUACCUGGUGAUCCUUAUACAGUUCCAGUCUAAUCCAGCAUCUGUUACACUCUUCGACAGAGUCAAUCGUAUUACCCAAUAG